CAGCCUCAAUCUACAAAACUGUCCGAUAGGUACUACGACACGUAAGCUUCCUUGGAAUAAUAGGGACCUAGUCUCAUCCUAUCAAUUAGAGGAUAGAUCUAAGCGAGAAUGAAACGGGUCUAUAUGUUUCGACAACUUGAAAUCAGCCCGAUCUUGGUAUGUAUGCACUAAGAUUACCGAUGUUGAAUCUCUGUAGGAUCUGAUGAAUCUUUCCGUGCCUCGUGGCGCGUUACAGCACAGCCAGUAAGGCGAACAGUUAGCGGGACAUGGAACACGGCAUGCCGUAGGUAUGACUCUUCCUAGAGAUAAGUCCUAUUUCCUGCUUUAUAGAUAUCGAAGUUGCCUAGGACACUGGCACUUGACAAUUUGGCUUGUUGGAUUCAACUAUGACUACCUAGGUAUCUGAACUGGUACCAUAGAAGUUCGAGAAUCUUGCUCUCUCCGUUUAUCUUAAUCACACAUUCAUUAGCCUUAUUUUAUUCUUAAUCGCAAGCCGUCAAUAUGUCGUCGGAAGAUCAAAAACUUUCCUUCUUUGACUAUGACCCGUCGAUCCCGACAGCUGUGGUGUGCUGCGUUCUGUUCGGACUCACUCUUAUCUGGUCGACCUUCAUGACUAUUCGGAAGAGAUCUUGGGUGUGGACAGUCCAGUUAUUGGCAAUACUCAUGGAAGUGGUUGGAUAUGCAUUCCGGAUAGUGUCCGCUAACGACCCAACCAGUCUAAAUCCAUACGCAGUACAAUUUUGUGUAAUCAUCCUUGCCCCUGUUCUUAUGGCCGGCGCCAUCUAUGUCGUUUUCGGUCGAAUUGUCUUCCACGUCGUUCCCGCUGAGGAGAGAACCAUGAGACUACUCUGGAUCCCUCCCCGGUGGAUUACGCCUAUAUUUGUCACCUUCGAUAUCGUCGCGCUCCUAGUCCAGCUUAUCGGUGCUGUUAGCGUGUCGAGCACGCAGGCUACUGACGAAGACGCAAUGAACAAGUUGAAGAUAGGCAAGGAUAUUGCACUUGCGGGUCUUGGAAUUCAAAUGGCCGCCUUUGGACUCUUUACGGUUAUCGCUGCUCGGUUUCACUUUACCUCGCAACGAUUCGUGGCGGGUCUCAGCUGGAGACUAGAGGAGGUAGAUGGUGGCAAGGCUGUCUUCGUCCGAGGCUCGACACGCAAGAUAAAUCCUAAUUGGAGGCAUUUACUAUAUGCUUUGAAUGCCUCCUGCAUUCUAAUCUUGAUCCGAUCUGUAUUCCGUGUAGUCGAGUUCGCUCAAGGUUCGAAUGGCUCGGUGAUGCAAAAGGAGUUCUAUAUGUAUGUCUUGGAUACUUUACCUAUUUUCCUGGUUGUCUUGAGCUUCUGUCUCUUUUUCCCGGGGUCCUAUCUCCCAUUCAUGGGGUUCAGAGUUCCGAAAAACGCAGCAAACACAAGGCUGGGAGGUGACGACAGCUCGGCUACCGCGUUACAAGAGAUAUAGGGGUUCCUGGGCUGAACUAGGAUGUAUCAGAUUCAUCCGGUUUUAGUUGAAUUUUACGUUUCCUAUUUGCCUUACAAUAUCAAGGUCGGAUCAAGUGAAUAUCUUUGUUAAGGAUGCCUCGACUUCAAUACAGACGUCAGGGGUCCUUAAGAUGAAGGGGACUUGACUCCAGUGUCCACUAGAGAAUGGAAACGUUUGUGAUGC